AGGAGGCGGCCCCUCGGUGACAGCGCCUUCUUAGGCCGCGCGGCUGCUUCUCAGGGCUGUGCCAGGGAGCUCGGCUGGAGUUACCGUGUUUUAAAUGUUAAAACAUCCCAAGCUUUAUUAAUAAAUCGCCUCCGCGGCUCAGCUGCCCCCUACAGCAGAGCCCGACAGAUUGAGAUCAUUGCUGGCUCUGCCAGUGAACAAAGCGAAACAAAAUGUUAAUAUCACGGCUGAGUUCCCAGUUGCUGAAGGCUUCGAGAAUUGCAGGCCACCUCUUGCCCAGGUCAGUGUCCUCCUUCCUCUGCUGCCGCUCUCCAUCCGCCUGCUACAGCACCCAGCCCCCCAACACCAGCGGGGCCCAGCCCCAGCAGUGGCACACGCUGGACCCUGAGCUGGAGGAGAUCCUGAUUCCCAGGAAACUCUCCAUCAGCCCCUUGGAGAGCUGGCUGACAGUCAGGUACUCCCUCCCCAAAGCUGAGGGGGCUCAGGAAGAAGUGAGCCAUGAAAACCCCCAGCCCUCAGAGUGUCCCCCUCCUGCUGGGCAGGGGGAUGUGGAGGAAGGAGAGGGAGACAGAGUGCAGUGCAGGAAUGUGCUGAAGAUCCGCAGGAGGAAGAUGAACAGGCACAAGUACAGGAAGCUGCUGAAGAGGAGGAAGUUCAUCCGCAGGAGGAUAAAGGAGGGGCGCAAGAAGAAGCGUCAGGUAAAAUUUGAGAAAGAUUUGGAGCGUGUCUGGAAAAAAGCUGGCUUGAAAACUGCUCCUGCAGGGUGGCAAACCCCCAAGAUCUACCUGAGGAGUUCCAAGCGAUAAAAAAACUACACCUGCCACAAAUUUUAACCUGCAAUUGUAAUUAAAAAAAUAUUUAAGUAUGUCCAUGACAUUUAACAUUUUUCUGAUUGUGAUGAAAAGAAUAGGAAGGAGUUUUGCAAGGAGCUUUUCCUCCCCAAAGGAGAGUUGUGAGCUCUUUCCUCUGUCCUGUGGUCAUUGCUGAAUUUCUGAAAUCCCUCUUUGAGAUGAGACUGAAGGUAAAAAAAAAAAUCAGGUGUGGGAGAUGGGAUCAGGGAAAGAAUUGCUGUUGUUUAUAUGGCACAAAGCUUUGGAAAAGUUCUUUUUUGAAUUGCAUUCUUUCACAGCCUUUAUUGCAGAAAGAUUGGGGUUUUCCUGAGAGUUGUGGUGGGAUGGGAAUUGGAUCAGAAUCAAUUAAUUAAUUAAUCAGGAUUUACCUACAGGAGUUUUUGUUGUCUCUUAUCUGGAGCCUUGGUGUGCCUUGGGCAUUGUGUGAGCAUCCUUAAAAGGCACUUUUAUUUUUGUGUUCUCUUUUGUGCUAAUAAAAAAUGGUUAUUUUUGUCUUUGACUGAUCCCUGUCAUGUAGAACAUCCAGAUAUUGGACAAAGUAGAAGCUCAGAGCUAAUUAUUCAUUAACUACACCAACUUUUGUGCCUGAGACAAGGCUGAUACAAUCAGCUGCUCUUGCAUGGUUGAAGAGAGUUGUGAAAGCUGAGAAAAAUAAACCCUCAGGACAUUUUAUCUGG